UCGCUCAGUUCCGCGACUAUCACGCCGAAGAGUUCUCAGGACAAGGAGACCCCUGCAUCGUUGAUGAAUGGAUUCAGGGGUUGGAUUUCAUCUUUGAGGUCAUGGAAUGUCCCGAUAGAUAUCGCGUAGUUUGCGCUCAACUUCAGCUCACUGGUGAUGCAAGGCUCUGGUGGAAUGCCUACUGGAGCAUGCGUCCCGGUGAAAAGGCGGGUUGUACUUGGGACAGGUUAAAGGAGCUAGUCCGUGACAAGUACUACCCUUCCUACUAUGGGGCAGAGAUGGAGCGCCAGUUCUUAGCGCUUCAGCAAGGCACUCGUACAGUCGAUGAGUACGAGCGAGAGUUCACCAGACUUGCAGGUUUCGCACCGGAUCUUGUUCGCACGGAGGCUCAGAGAGCGCAGCGGUUCAUUGACGGGCUUUACCCAGCAGUCCGUCAUAACAUCGUAGGCCACGGGACACAGACGUACGCACGUGCAGUCUCCAUUGCCCAGGAGGUGGAGGCCAGCAUUAGGAGGGAGGCCGUUCGUGAGCAGUUCCAGCCAUCCGCCCCUGCCCAGACAUCUUCAGUUCCACCGUUGCCAGCUCUACCAACUACCCAGCCGCCAAAGAACAACAAAAGGAAGGGGAAAGGUGCCCCGGCAGAUAAGAGGACCCGACGGAGGCUACAGCAGAUUCCCCAGUGCCCGACAUGCGGACGACUUCACCGAGGCGAGUGUCGCUUUGUUAAGGAUGUGUGCUACUAUUGUCACGAGCCUGGACACUUCGCGAACCGUUGUCCGAAGAAGGCGCAGCAGCCCCAGCAGCCUCAACAACCACCGCAGCAGCAGCAGCCCCGUCAGCAGGCACAGAGGCAGCCUCAGCAGCAGCAGCAGAGGGGCAGGCAGCAGGCCAGGGUUUACGCGGUCGAUCAGGCAGAGGCCGAACAGCAGCCAGGUACCAUGUCCGGAAUGGUUGUUCUUAAUAAUGUUCCUGUGUUUGCUUUAUUCGAUACUGGAGCGACGCAUACUUUAAAUUCACGACGAUGUCUCGAUGCCAUCAGAGUUCACGCCGUUACCGAUGUCGAUCCUCUCGAGGUGAGUUUAGCCUCGGGACGAAAGAUAGUGACCUCAGCUAAAGCCUCAGAUCUUAGCCUUUCCAUCGGUGGCCGAGUAUUGACUGCCGACGCGUUUGUUCUCGAGAUGAAGGAUUUUGAUCUUAUUCUCGGGAUGGAUUGGCUAUCCUUUUAUCAUGCUGACAUCAGGUGUCAUGACCGGGAGAUCACUCUCUAUCUUCCGGGAGACGAGUCGAUUACUUUCUUCGGCCCCAGGAAUCGUUCACUGCCUCAGGUUGUUUCGAUGGCGAAAGCCACUAAGCUAUUGCGACGAGGCAACUGCAAGGGUUAUCUGGUAAGCCUUGUCGAGGAUUCUGAGAAAGCGCGAACCCCUCAUGAUGUUCCAAUCGUUUGCGAGUUCGUGGACGUGUUCCCAGACGAGCUUCCAGGAGGACCGCCCAACCGUCAGGUGGAGUUUUCUAUUGAUCUCAUCCCAGGGGCCGGUCCAGUAUCCAAAGCCCCAUAUCGCAUGGCGCCUAAGGAGCUGCAAGAGCUUAAGACUCAGAUUCAGGAGCUGUUACGACUCGGUUUCAUCCAACCGAGCGUGUCACCGUGGGGAGCACCCGUUCUCUUUGUUAAGAAGAAGGACGGAUCAAUGCUCAUGUGUAUCGACUACCGGGAUCUUAACCGGUUGACGAUCAAGAAUAAGUACCCGUUUCCCAGGAUCGACGACUUAUUUGAUCAGUUGAGGGGAGCCUGUGUGUUCUCAAAGAUUGACUUACGAUCAGGCUACCACCACCUGAAGAUUAAGGAGUCAGUUAUCGCUAAGACCGCUUUCAGGACUCGUUACGGCCAUUACGAGUUCAUCGUCAUGCCUUUCGGUCUCAGCAAUGCGCCAUCUGUUUUCAUGGACCUCAUGAACCGUAUUUUCCAUCCGUACCUCGAUCAGUUCGUUAUUGUCUUUAUUGACUAUAUCCUUAUCUACUCGAAGAGCCAGAAGGAGCACGAGGAGCAUCUGAGGGUGGUUCUCGAAACCCUCAGACAAGAAAAGUUGUACGCCAAAUUCUCCAAAUGCGAGUUCUGGCUCCAGCGAGUAUCCUUUCUGGGUCAUGUGAUUACGCAGGCAGGUAUCGAGGUGGAUCUUUCGAAGGUUUCAGCCGUUCAGAACUGGUCGACACCGAGGAGUCCGUCUGAG